GCGGUUCGGCAGCGCCGCGGCUCAGGCCGGGCGGUGCGAGCGAUCCGCGGCCCCGCGCCGGACCCCCUGCCCUGCCCUGCCCUGCCGGGCCCCGCCGGAGCCCGCCGGACCCCGCACACGGCCCAGGUUUAGAUCUGCACAAGAACCAAGAUCAGAACCAUGGCAUCCAUCCCAUCCAGCGGCUCGCUCAUGGCCACGCACAACUAUCGCAGAAGGCGCCUGAGCUCCACAUCCAGCACCAGCUCCUGCAGCUCAGAGUACUCUGGGGAGGUCAUCCCCCAUGGCCCAGACCUGCCCAAGUCUGACCCUGGCCAGUGGUGGGCCAGCUUCUUCUUUGGGAAGACAGCUCACCCAGCCAUGACAACGGUGUCAGAGUCCCAGGAGAGCCUGGGAGCCCUGCGGGUGGCCACAGGACCGAUAGCCUGCGGGCUGGUGGCAGCCCCGGGCGCAGGACGGAGGCGCCACGCCAGCGAGUCCAGCUCGGGGCCCGCGGUGUGAUGCGAGCGAGCAUCGCGGCUGCUCCCUCCCACCCGGCGGGCACAGCCCCUCCCCUGUAGAAUAGCCGGCUGCUCCGAGCAAAAGGUGCUGCUUUCUGAUGGAAACCCGCAGCAACCCCGACGAUUCCACUCCAGCCUUUUUUACUCUCUCCCGGUGUAACUAAGCCCUCUCGAAGCACAUAUGGAAACACGUUUUUAUUACCCUAAACUCACAAUGACAAUGAAUAAACUUGAGCAGCCUUUUAA